GGCACCGCCCCCUUGGCCCCGCCCCCAAGGCGCGCAGGUUCGGCUGCGCCGCAGCGCGGAGGGUUUUCCUGCGCCGCCAUCUUGGCCGCGGUGUGAGGAGGGAGCGGGGGGCCGGUCCGGGCCGGUCCCACCGGCCAUGGCCGCGACCGCCAACCCGGAAAUGGCGUCGGACGUUUCCUCGCUGGGCGCCGCCGUUGGAGCCGGGAGCGCCGGCCCGGGCGCGCCGGCCGCCGCGGCCGCGGUGCAGAGAGCCAGCAAGCGCCGGCCCGGGCUGGAUUUUGAUGAGGAUGGAGAAGGGAACAGCAAAUUCCUCAGGUGUGACGAUGACCCCAUGCCGAGCGACAAGGAGAGAUUUGCCAGGUCUGAUGAUGAGCAGAGUUCAGCGGAUAAGGAGAGACUUGCCAGGGAAAACCACAGCGAGAUCGAGCGGCGGCGGCGGAACAAGAUGACGGCGUACAUCACGGAGCUGUCGGACAUGGUGCCCACCUGCAGCGCCCUGGCGCGCAAGCCGGACAAGCUCACCAUCCUGCGCAUGGCCGUGUCGCACAUGAAGUCCCUGCGCGGCACAGGCAACACCUCCACCGACGGCACCUACAAACCCUCCUUCCUCACCGACCAGGAGCUCAAGCACCUGAUCCUGGAGGCGGCCGACGGCUUCCUGUUCAUCGUGUCCUGCGAGACCGGGCGGGUGGUGUACGUGUCCGACUCGGUGACCCCCGUGCUGAACCAGCCGCAGUCCGAGUGGUUCGGCAGCACCCUGUACGACCAGGUGCACCCCGACGACGUGGGCAAGCUGAGGGAGCAGCUCUCCACCUCCGAGAACGCCCUCACAGAAGGAACCAAACCCUGGUGCCUUCCUAACAAGGAUCCUGCAGCCCCCCCCGAGAAUGCGCCUAAAGGUCGCAUCCUGGAUCUGAAGACGGGGACCGUGAAGAAGGAGGGGCAGCAGUCCAUGAGGAUGUGCAUGGGCUCCCGAAGGUCCUUCAUCUGCCGAAUGAGGUGCGGCAACAGCUCCGUGGAUCCGGUGUCGGUGAACCGCCUCAGCUUCAUGAGGAAUCGCUGCAGGAAUGGUUUAGGUGCAGCGAAAGACGGCGAACCUCACUACGUUGUGGUGCACUGCACGGGUUACAUCAAAGCCUGGCCCCCCGCAGGUGUCUCGCUGCCCGACGACGACCCGGACGCCGGGCAGGGCAGCAAGUUCUGCCUGGUGGCCAUCGGGAGGCUGCAGGUCACGAGCUCGCCCAACUGCACAGACAUGAACAACGUUUGCCAGCCCACAGAAUUCAUCUCCCGACACAACACCGAGGGCAUUUUCACCUUCAUCGACCACCGCUGCGUGGCCACGGUCGGCUACCAGCCGCAGGAGCUUCUGGGCAAGGACAUCGUGGAUUUCUGCCACCCCGAGGACCAGCAGCUGCUGCGCGACAGCUUCCAGCAGGUGGUGAAGUUAAAAGGCCAGGUCCUGUCGGUCAUGUUCCGAUUCCGAUCCAAAAACCGGGAGUGGCUCUGGAUGAGAACCAGCUCCUUCACCUUCCAGAACCCCUACUCGGAUGAGAUCGAGUACAUCAUCUGCACCAACACCAACGUCAAGAACUCGAGCCAGGAGUCGCGUCCCGCGCUGUCCGGCUCGCUGCCGCGGCCCCCGCUGGGCCAGGCCGUGAACCUGCCCCUGGAGCUGCCCCCCAGGCAGCAGGCGCAGCCGGAGCUGGAGGCCGUGCCGGGCAGGGAGGGCCUGGCCGGGUACGACCACUCGCAGGUUCCCGUGCAGCCGGUGAGCGCUGCCGGCCCGGAGCACAGCAAACCCUUGGAGAAACCGGAAAACCUCUUUAACCAGGAGCGGGACCCGCGGUUCGGCGAGAUCUACAGCAGUAUCGGCACAGAGAACAAAACCCUUCCGGCCAGCAGCGGCCCCGCCAGCCAGCCGCUCUUCCCGCCGGGAAACAGCUUCACCGCGGCGCGGCCCGCCGACGGCUUCAGGAGCGGCAGCAUGGUUCCCCCGGUGAGCAUCGUCCAGCAGCCGCCGUCCUCGGCCGGCCGCAUCCUGGCGCAGAUCUCGCGCCACGCCAGCCCGGCACAGCCCGGCGGGACCGGCUGGGCCGCGGGGACACGGCCACCCUUCACCCCCCAGCAAGUGACGUCCCAGACGGUGAAGACUCGUCCCCCGUCCUUCAGCAUGGGGACAUUCCAGGGCAGCACGUCGUCCUUCAGCGCCAUGACGGCACCGAGCUCCACGGCGUCGCCCACGGGGGCCGCGUUCCCCAGCCUCGCCGGCCGUGGCACCGGCUUCAGCGCGGAGGCGGCGGCGCCGGGCGCGUUCCCGGCACGGGAGGCCGUGGGGAUGUGGCCGCAGUGGCAGGGCCAGCACCACGGCCCCGCGGGCGCCGAGCAGCACGUCCCGCCGCAGAGCAGCCAGCCCGAGGUCUUCCCGGACAUGCUGACGAUGCUGGGAGACCAGGGGCCCAACUACAACAACGAGGAGUUCCCGGAGCUCAACAUCUUCCCUUCGUUCUCGGAGUAGAAUAACCCGCCAGUGAAGCCAAUUACACUUAUAUAUCGUAUCCACGUGUACAGGAAAACACCCAGCUCUUUUUUCCCAAAGACUGCUGAACUUUCUAAACAAACACCUCCUGAACUGCGGGGGUGACGCUGCCCGGCGGGGUCGGACCGCGCGGGAGGAAGAUGAGGAGGGUUUGGGGCACUCUGGGCUGAUUCCGGAGGUUUCAGGACUCGGACGCUUCACGAGCGGCUCGUGGAACCAAAGCCUGGGUGUCUGGGUCACCGGCGGCCCCUCCCAACCCCAAAGGCGCCUUUUCCCGUUUGUAUUUCAAUCUUAUACCCGUGACUCUUUCUUUUUCUAUCAAACACCAAGUAUUGUAACUUUAGCCGUUGAGGGAGCUGUUCCCGCGGGUCCGCGGCCGCUCGCCUCAGGUCCUCGUGGGACGCCGCGUUUUGGGGAAGUUCGGCCGUUUCCGGAGGGUUUUGGCCGCAUCUCGGGUGCUUUAUUUGGAGAUUUUGGGGCCGUUGGGGCGCCGUCUCCCAACCGUGCAAUGAAUUCGGUGUCAUCGGCGCGGCCGACAAGCCCUGCGCGUGGCGGGAUGGUUAACGAGCCAUAAAAACGUGAUCCGCGGA